UCAAAAAAAUAAAUAUUAAAUAUAUGUGGUAAAAAAGGAGAUAUUAUGUGGUUUUUUUAUAAAUCAAAAUAAAUACAAAGUUUUUCUGGAUAUAAUAAAAGAGUUUAUGAGAGUUUUUAAUACUAAUCAAAAAAAGUGUUACCGCCAAAGAAAGAGGGAGUAAAAAAAAAAUGAAAAUUGCUCAUGUUCAAUUGUUUUUCUUUCCCUUUUUGCGCACAAGUGUGAGCCGAGGUUUGAGUAUCACUCCAACGUAAUUUGGCGACAGCAAUUCCCGAGUGUCCUCCAAUACUACAAUACAGAAUACUAUGUCAUUGUGUUCAACUACCCCUGCCAGUUAUUUUGAUCGUAAAAUUAUGCUAAUCACCGUGCGAGAAAUCAUACCCUUUAUAUGGUCAAGAUAUACAAAUAUUUCCUUUUUUGUUUUAUUAUUAUUAUUUACAGAGUUAUCAAUAAUUAAAAACAAUAAUUAAUAAUUAUUAUUUUGUUAAAGUGUUAGUACUUUACAUGAAGAAAAAAAUAGAAUAAAUAGGACUGUUCUUUUUAAUACUGUUUGACUGCAGCGGAAUUGCUGCAUUUAUUAAAUGCUUCAAAAAGAACGAUUUUAAAACUCCACUGAAGUUUGAAUCUAUGAUACGUCUAAACAAAAAAUUUAGGGACAACUGACGACGUGUUACUAUAACGACCUCGACAACAGUGGUAUUCAAAUAUUAUUAUAUUUUAUAAUUUCUGAUUCGAAUAAUUUUCUCUAAAUACAUAGUCUAAUUUAUAAAUGUUGAAAUUAGAAUUUUGAUUUUAACAUGGAUGAAUCUAACUCAAGGGUACAAACCAAUAAUUCAGUAAUAUUUACUACAGAUGACGAUAAUCAGGAAAUAGCAGAAUAUGGAAACGGCUUGUUUAUAAAGUUGAGAGAUCGUGGUAUUAGUGCUACUGCUAAUUUAAUUGGUAAAAAGUUUUCUAAAAUGUGACUGAUAGAUAGUAUCUAAAAUAUUUGUCAUAUAAUAUUGACGAUUGCUUUUCCGUGGAUUUGGUUUUGAAUAAUAAAUUCCAAAUUUUGUUCAUAAAAUAUUACUUGUAUUAUAUUUAUUUUUAGAUACAAUUUCACAUUAAACCGUUAAAGUUUAAUUAUAGCUCAAUAUCUAGCUAAUCAAGCUCUACCUACUAGUUUAUUUUUAAUCAACAGAUUCAUCUGAAGCUAUCGACCAGAUUACUGACGAAGAAAACAGUAUCGCAGUACCAAGAAGUAUAGAUCUGAGCUUUAAUGAUAUUAUGGACUGUGCUUGUCUUCAAAAACUAUUGAAAGAGUCAGAAAUAAAUGCACCAAAAAACACAUAUAUUCAAGUUAUUCAUUUUCUUUCAUACAUAAAAAAAGUGUUAAACACUACAUUUAUUAAUAGGAAUUAAAUCUAAGUAACAACAGCAUAAAAGGUGAAUGUGUCAAAAACAUAAUUUCUUUUUUAAACACUAACGAUAGACUACAAAACUUAAAUUUGUCUGGAAAUUGUUUGAAUAAAGAAUCUGGUUCGAUAAAUAAUAUACCUAAUUAUGAUUAUUAAUUGUAAUAUAAGUAUUUUCGUUUUCUAUUAAAGCCUUGUCAGCUCUUACGAGAGCUAUAGGAGAUUCAAACGAAACCUUACAAGUGUUGAGUUUGGAUUGGAAUGGGAUCUCUGGUGAAGUUUGUGCAAACAUGUUUAAAAACCUCAUGAUUAGAUCGAAGAGCUUAAAAACAUUGGAUCUUAGUUGGAACAAUUUCAGUGAUAUUGGUAAAAUAUUAGGCCAAGGAAUAAAUCAUACAACCAGAUUAGAGCAUUUGGAUCUCAGCAACAAUCCGCUUACAAAUGAAGAUAUUGUUGAUAUAUUGAGUGGUAUAGUGAAUCCUACUUCAUUAAGGAGUUUGGGGUUAACUCAUGUAUUUGUUGAUGAACAAGUUGAAAAAGCAAUAUCAAAAGUUCAAGCACGAGUACCAAAUUUUAGUGUUAAAGUGGCCAUUUAUACGGGCUUGAAAUCUGAUCCUGACAUCGAUAAGAAAACAUUGUAUUUAAAUAGAAUUCACUUUUUGGGGGUUACUAAGCCAAAAAAAAAAAGCCAAAAAUUUGAUAUUGGUCACGUGUUGCUACAAAUGAAAAUUGAUGGAAAUUUAGAACCUAUGAAAUUAAGCUUGUUUAUUUCAACGUUUGAAAAUUUAAAAGUUAAAGGAAUAAUUAUGGAACUACUCGUGGAUUUGGCUAAUCAAUUUAAAAAUGCAGAUACAAAUAUUAAUGUAGCACUAAUGUUGGACAAGUACUUAGAUCUAUACCCAAACACUACAUUAUAGACUAAUCAUUAUUACUGACAUGAAUCAUUUAAAAACAAGAAUGACAACAAUUAUGAAAAUUAUAUGAAAAAUAAA